CCAACUGAUUCUUUCAAGAAAAAGUUUAUCUGGGGUGGGGGGUUCUUCUUUAUGAAUCCGAAGAAGAUAAGAUAUGCAGGCAAACGCAGGAUUGGUGGCUGGAUCUCAUAAAAGGAAUGAGUUGGUUAGAAUAACACAUGAUUCUGAUUUUGGAGGGCCAGGGCCUAAGCCUUUGAACAAUUUAAAUGGGCAAAUCUGUCAAAUAUGUGGUGACACACUUGGCCUCACUGAAAAUGGCGACAUUUUUGUUGCUUGCAACGAGUGUGCUUUUCCGGUCUGUAGACCUUGCUAUGACUAUGAAAGAAGAGAUGGAAAUCAAGCUUGCCCUCAAUGCAAGACUCGAUAUAAAAGACACAAAGGCAGCCCACGUGUUGAUGGUGAUGAAGAUGAGGAUGAUGUUGACGACUUGGAAAAUGAGUUUGAUUAUGUUCAAGGAAAUGGAAAAACAAGACACCAAUGGCAACAAGAAGACUCUGAAUUUUCCUCAUCUUCUAGAAGACAUGAAUCUCAGCAACCGAUUCCCCGUCUCACUAACGGCCAAGAAGUAUCUGGUGAAAUUCCAAGUGCGACACCGGACAAUCUAUCUGUAACAAGCACAUCGGGCCCGUUAGGGCCCGGUGGCAAACCUGUACACUCACUUCCAUAUAUAGAUCCAAGACAACCAGUUCCCGUAAGAAUCGUAAAGGAUUUGAAUAGUUACGGGCUUGGAAAUGUGGACUGGAAAGAAAGGGUUGAAGGAUGGAAACUAAAACAAGAGAAGAAUAUAAAUCAAAUGACAAAUAGGUACAGUGGUGAAGGAAGAGGUGGCGGUGGUGAAAUUGAAGGCACGGGAUCCAAUGGAGAAGAAUUACAAGUGGUUGACGAUCCUGGCCAAUCAAUGAGCCGCGUGGUGCCCAUUUCAUCUUCUCAUUUAACCCCAUAUCGGAUCGUGAUUAUACUACGGCUAAUUAUUUUGGGCUUCUUUCUGCAAUACCGUGUCACUCAUCCGGUUAAUGAUGCUUAUCCAUUGUGGCUUGUUUCCGUCAUUUGUGAGGUGUGGUUUGCCUUAUCUUGGCUUCUUGAUCAAUUUCCGAAAUGGUCCCCCGUUGAACGCCAGACCUAUCUUGACAGGCUCGCAUUGAGGUAUGAUAGGGACGGCGAGCCAUCACAAUUGGCACCAAUAGACGUUUUUGUGAGUACAGUGGACCCGUUAAAAGAACCGCCCCUGAUCACUGCUAAUACCGUUUUAUCGAUUCUUUCAGUUGAAUAUCCUGUUGACAAAGUCUCAUGUUAUGUAUCUGAUGAUGGUUCUGCAAUGCUUACGUUUGAGUCGCUUUCAGAAACAGCUGAAUUCGCUAGAAAGUGGGUCCCUUUUUGUAAAAAACAUAGCAUCGAACCCCGAGCCCCCGAGUUUUAUUUUGCUCAAAAGAUAGAUUACCUCAAGGACAAGAUUCAGCCUUCUUUCGUUAAAGAACGUCGAGCAAUGAAGAGAGAAUACGAAGAAUUUAAAGUGCGGAUCAAUGCGCUUGUAGCAAAAGCCCAAAAGACGCCUGAAGAAGGUUGGACAAUGCAAGAUGGAACUCCAUGGCCCGGAAAUAACCCCCGAGAUCAUCCAGGAAUGAUCCAGGUGUUCUUGGGGCACAACGGAGGUGUCGAUACAGAUGGAAACGAGCUACCUCGUUUGGUUUAUGUUUCUCGUGAAAAACGUCCGGGCUUCCAACAUCACAAGAAAGCCGGUGCCAUGAACGCUUUGAUUCGGGUUUCAGCAGUCUUGACAAACGGUGCAUAUCUUUUGAAUGUCGAUUGUGAUCACUACUUUAAUAACAGCAAAGCUCUUAAAGAAGCCAUGUGUUUCAUGAUGGACCCCGCUUAUGGAAAGAAAACAUGUUACGUUCAGUUCCCUCAAAGAUUCGAUGGUAUCGAUUUGCACGAUCGAUAUGCUAAUCGCAAUAUCGUUUUCUUUGAUAUCAACUUGAAAGGGCUGGACGGUAUUCAGGGUCCAGUUUACGUGGGGACGGGUUGUUGUUUCAAUCGACAAGCUCUUUACGGAUACGAUCCCGUCUUAACAGAGGCCGAUUUAGAACCAAACAUGAUAAUCAAAAGCUGUUGCGGUUCACGAAAAAAGUCUAGAAAUAUUAACAAAAAAUACAUGGAUAAAAAUAGAGCAAUGAGAAGAACCGAAUCAACCACUCCAAUGUUUAACAUGGAUGAUAUCGAUGAAGGCGUUGAAGGAUAUGAUGAAGAACGAUCUUUACUCAUGUCUCAAAAAAGCUUAGAGAAACGGUUCGGUCAGUCUCCUGUCUUUGUUGCUGCAACGUUUAUGGAAAUGGGGGGACUUCCGCCUUCUACAGAUCCUGCUAUUCUUCUAAAGGAAGCUAUACACGUUAUUAGUUGUGGUUACGAAGAUAAAACCGAGUGGGGCAAAGAUAUUGGAUGGAUUUACGGGUCUGUGACGGAAGAUAUUUUAACGGGGUUCAAGAUGCAUGCACGGGGAUGGAUAUCGAUAUACUGCAUGCCCCCACGUCCUGCUUUCAAGGGUUCAGCUCCAAUUAAUCUUUCAGAUCGUCUGAACCAGGUCCUCAGGUGGGCUUUGGGUUCAAUUGAGAUCUUGCUGAGCAGGCAUUGUCCGAUCUGGUAUGGGUAUAAUGGUAAAUUGAAACUAUUGGAACGGCUUGCUUACAUAAAUACCAUCGUCUAUCCUCUCACGUCACUUCCACUGCUUGCUUACUGUAUACUUCCUGCCGUCUGCCUUCUCACUGGAAAGUUUAUUAUUCCUGAGAUAAGCAACUAUGCUAGUAUGUGGUUUAUUCUUCUCUUUAUCUCCAUUUUCGCCACCGGAAUUUUGGAGCUCCGGUGGAGUGGCGUGAGCAUCGAAGACUGGUGGAGAAACGAACAAUUUUGGGUCAUCGGUGGGACUUCCGCUCAUCUCUUUGCCGUCUUUCAAGGUCUCCUCAAAGUUCUCGCCGGAAUCGACACCAAUUUCACCGUCACAUCCAAAGCCAAUGACGAAGACGGUGAUUUUGCCGAACUAUACAUCUUCAAAUGGACUUCCCUCCUCAUCCCGCCCACCACCGUUCUCAUCGUCAACUUAGUCGGCAUCGUUUCCGGCGUUUCAUCUGCAAUCAACAGCGGUUACCAGUCGUGGGGCCCUUUGUUCGGGAAACUGUUUUUUGCGAUAUGGGUGAUCGUUCAUUUGUACCCGUUUCUUAAAGGUUUGUUGGGUCGCCAAAACCGAACCCCCACCAUUGUUAUUGUAUGGUCGAUUCUACUGGCUUCCAUUUUCUCCCUUUUGUGGGUCCGAAUUGACCCGUUUACGUCGGACGAUAAGCUUGAUUCUAUUAGAGGCCAAUGUGGGAUCGAUUGUUAAACUUAAACAUGAAUUAGUUCCCCU